CGCGAGACUCCUCCUCCCUGUGUGUUGUGUGUUUCCCUGACGUGGUGGUGACUUCGGGCCGCAGCUGGAGGGAAACACACGCGUUAAGCUCUUCUUCUCCUCGUAGACAAACAGCAGAUACCUCGAGGGGCGAUGACGUCGAAGUUGCGGGUUCAGACCAACGGCUCGCGGAUGGAGGCGGCAGAAGCUGGCGGCCUGCAGCAGUGUCGGCUGGCCCAGGAUCAGCUGGAGGACGCCAUCAGCGGCGUGAUGAAGGCCGAGCAGCAGCUGAGAGAGAACACCAGAGAGGUGCGUGCUGAGCUCCAGAGCAGUGUGAGUCGUCAGCAGGAGGCUCUCCGCUGUCGAGAGGUUUGGCUGCUCGGACAAAUUGAGCUGCUGGAGCAAGUGAAGACUGACACUCUGCAGCAGCAGCUGCACCGGCUGCACUGGCUUCGAGGACAGUUUGAUGUGAUCGUGCAUCAGCUGCACAACAACAACAACAACCAGCUGACGAGCUGCCUGGAGAAGUUGUCCUCUCUGAGUCUGACACCUGAGGAAACACCUGAGAUGAGCUUCCACGCUGACAGCCGCUCUCUGAGACAGGCCAUCACCUCGUUUGGCCGCAUCACGGCUCAGCUGGUGGAGGGUGUGUCCUCUCAGAGCCCUGUGUCCUCUCAGAGCCCUGUGUCCUCUCAGAGCCCUGUGUCCUCUCAGAGCUGUCCAAUAGCUGCCAAGAAACAGAAGAUGGAGUCUGGAUCUCUGAGCGACUGGCUGAUGGGAACGCCUCCAUCGAGCAGCGCUCCUAUUGGUUACCAGGCCAGCAAGAACCCUCAGGAUUGGCUGAUGGCUCACAAUGACAGCAAGACUUCCUGUCCCGUCCUGGCCUCUGUGAACUUCCUGCAGGCCUGGGGUCAUAUCCGUGACCUCGAGGCAUGGCUUCUCCAGGACCAGGACCAGACCCCCGUCGGCAGGGAGCGAACCGACAGCAGCUGCAGCUCCUCCUUCUCCAUUGAGAAGAUCGACGAAUCAGAGUUCACCAUCGCUUCUAAGGAGGAGGAGGAGGAGGAGGAGGAGGAGGAGGAGCUGAGCGACUGGCUCAUCACCCCGCCCACCGCUGCCAUGGAGGCCGUGUCGGACGCAGAGCGGUGGAGGCAGGUUCUGAAGCCGUUCCAGGACAGCUGGUCUUCAGGUGCCUGGCUGAUGGGUUCGAGCCGCCCCCCUGCCGACUGCUCCUCCUGCUGCCAGACCACCAAGGCCCUGGAGAUUGAGAACCUGGGCCAGCUCAAGUGCCUCAAGACCCCGCUGACCUCGCCGGUGACCCCGACAGUGGCCCUGGAGGCGUGGCUUCAGCAGGCGGUGCCGGUGCAGCAGACCUGCAGGGCCAACGAGGUCUGCGCCUCUUUCUCCUCCUGCGUCUGUGAGGAGAACUGCGGGAGAGAAGCUCUGAGCCUCUGGCUGCUCAAACAGGACGGGAGAGACAAGAACGGGGUCUCUCUGGCCCCGCCCACUGCCAAUGUAGCCACACCCCCUGUCAAGGACACCCCACCCACCUUGCACCGCAUAGAGCAGGAACAGAAGGUUCAGGCCAUCCUGGAGGCCUGGCUCCACCCCCCCAACACCUGCGUGGCUCCUGAAGAGGAGAAGGCCAGAUCCCAGAUCUUGUCUCUGUUCCAAAGCCCUCUGGAUCCAGAUCUUUGGGUGCUCCCAGGACAGACUCUGGGGUCAGGAUGUCAGACCCACCCAGCUGAGGAGGAGGACAAAUGGUUGCUGAAGAAGAAGAGCCAGGCUCGGGAGCGCCUGGCGCUGCCCUCCGUCUGUGACCUGUUCUCCUGCAUGAAGGUGGGCGGAGACAAAGAGAAGUGGCUGCACAAAGCUGCUGAACAGAUGUGACGAUGAUGAUGACGAUGAUGAUGAUGAUGAUGCUUCUUCUUUCCUCUUGGAGUCACUUUAACGCUGCACAACCUCCCCACACCGAGCUCUCCUCCAAUCAGGAUCAAGAGCUCACUGAUCAAUACCUUUCAUAGUUUCAGAAUGAUUCAGUGAGACUCGAGAGCCUUGAAGCUUUCAGCCCCAGUUCACUGACUUCAUCAGAACAUGUUUUAUUUCAGCUUCUCACUCUUUUUUUCUUACUUUUAUGUUUCAAUGAACUGAAUCUGAGUUUCUGAUUGUUUUCAUAAUCUAUUGAUCUUUGUUCAGUUUAGGAAUUGAAGCUGGAAUCGUAUUAAUCGAUCGAUCUACUGUUUUGAUUUGCAUCUUUCACAUUUAUCUCUUGCUGUGUAACCUUAUGUCUCUCUGAUUAUUGAUUUGGGAUUUUAGUUUGACUAAAUUAAGAGUUCUUCAUUUUAAAGAGGUGAUCCAUAAUGCUCAUAAUCAUUUCCCACAAUGCUUUUGAUGAGAGGAUCCUGACAGGAUAGGGGGCGGAGUUAACCUUCGUCAGAAAAGUAGCCUUUAUUUUAACAAACCUGUUUUUAUGAUUUGCUUGAUUUCUUUCUUUAACGGGUUGAAUGUUCCUUUUCUUCUUCUCUUGUUACCUGUGAAACUGCUGAACUCCAGAGAUCUACUUCCUGUUCAGACUGCGGUCUGCACAUGCUCAGUAGUGUUUUCUCUUUCCGACUAACUUCAUGGAUUAAAUAUUAAUAACUCAAUCAGUUUGACACCGAGUCGUAUCUAUCAAUACGUUUAUUAGUAGCUGUAUCAAUAGAUUUAUUAAUGGAUGCAUUCUGCUUUUUAUCAAUUCAUUUUGGCCAAGUUUUAUUAUUAUUUUUUUUUAAACUGAACUUUCCUAUCUGUAUUUUAUACCCUGAGUUGAGUCUUUUAGGCAGUUCUGGACCAGCUCUUAUUUUUAAGGGUUAGAUUGGUGUAGUUUGUCAUGUCAUCACACCACCUCUAAGACUCAGUUCAGGGCAUAAAGCAGGCUCUUUUGAUCUACAGAAUCAAGUUACUUUGUUACCCAGAAUGCCUCUGGGGUACGCAUGCUGCAGUCUGUCAGGUCACAUGACUGCAGUCAGCAGCGAUUGGUGCUUUUUAUUGAAGCUCUAACAAUUUGGGGGCGGGUCUAAUAUAUAGAUAUAGCUGUGAUGUUAUCAAUACUCUCUGUGAUUCUUUACCAUAAUAAAACAUUCUGACAUCA